AUGCCACAAAGCAAGUCACUGAAGAAAGAAAGGCGUUUUAAGAGGUUAGCAUCUGGGAAGAAAAGUGUGUGCAAGCCUUGGAGUUUGACACUCGGAGAGGACACAGUGGCAGAAGACAUCAGUGUGCAUCAGCUUGAACGGUUAGUGGAGUUACUGACAUCUAAGGAGUGCGAGGACCUCCUGCUUGCCCUGUCUAACCCUGAGGAGAACAUUUUCCAGCACUUGGACCGUCUGUCGCCGGAGAACAAUCUUCUAGAAGUCAAAAGCAGAGUUAAGAGAGACACAUCUUCAGCUCCAGAUGGUGAGGCUCAGUGCCGAACGGCCCUGACAGACUGGCUGCUGCAGCACGGCGAGGAGACCUACUACGACAGGCUCUCCCGCGCCUUGCAGCACAUCGGCAGAACAGACAUCGCCAUUGAAGUGGGGAAGAACAUCAACCAGGACAAAGCCUUGGACCUGAAACGCUACGUCGAAGGCUACCACGAGUUUGUCCGCUCUCUGAACAUCCCGUCGUUGUCAUCAGACACAAAGCCCCACGGGCACGAACAGCAGAGAACCCGCACGAAAAAGGUGAGGGAUCUGAACUGGCGUGACCUGGAUCUGAUUUUGGAGCGGGCUCCUGUCCCUCCGUACCAGAAGGGGCCUCUGAGCGUGCUUCUGCCCCUUUUUCAUGGCAUUCUCCUGGGUUUUGGAGGCACCUUGCUAGCAUGCGUAACUGUAUUCUGCAUCAUUUACUACUUUUCUUAA